AUGUUUGUGCCCAGGACAACCAGCUCACGAUACCGCCGCGCCAUCCUCAAAUACCUCCCAACGCUCGUUAUCGGCAUCCUGGCAGGGUACAUUGCCGGCACACGGAACCUGACUCUGCAGGAAAUCAGCCAGAUAAAGUACGAGCUGUCGCAGCCGACGCCCCAGCCUGCCGAACAAGAAAUCCUCGACCAGUACCACCCCCACGGCCAGAAGCCGGUCAAGGCUGCGCUGGUCGCACUGGUGCGCAACACCGACCUGCUCGGCAUGCGGCAGACGAUCCGGCAGAUCGAGGACCGCUUCAACUCGCGCUUCAACUACCCAUACAUAUUCCUCAACGACGUGCCGUUCACAGAAGAGUUCAAGGCAGGCGUCCGCAUCCUGACCAGCGCCAACGUGUCGUUUGGCGAGCUCGACAGCGAGAGCUGGGGCAUGCCUGAGUGGAUCGACCGCGAGCGCUUUGAGGUGGUAAAGAGGACUGCGCGCUACCCGCACGGCGGCAGCGACAGCUACCGCAAGAUGUGUCGGUUCCAGAGCGGGUUCAUCCACAAGCACCCGCUGCUGGCCGACCUCGAGUUCUACUGGCGCAUCGAGCCCGACAACGGGCUCAAGUACGGCUGGGUCAUUGGAAUGACCGAGUUCAUGGACACGGUGGCGACGCUGUGGAACACGACCAUGGGCUUUAUCGCCGAGCACCCGGGAAUGGUGAGCCCCGCCAACCUGAAGCGCUGGCUGCUGGACGAUGCCGGCAACUACAACGGCUGCCACUUCUGGACAAACUUUGAGAUCGUCGACCUGUCGUUCUACCGGUCGCCCCGACAUCUGGAUCGCGCGGGCGGGUUCUUCUACGAGCGGUGGGGCGAUGCGCCGGUGCAUUCGAUUGCAGCAGCCCUGUUCCUCAACGCCUCGCAGACGCACUGGUUCGAGGACAUCGGAUAUUUCCACCCGGCGGUGGCAAAGUGUCCGUCGGGCUCCAAACAUUCGCAGCAACGCUCCUUUGUCGAGAAGAGCUACUGCAUUGUGCGCUACAAGGAGUCGAAGCAGAUGGUGCUGGACCCAGAGGCGACCGAGCCUGUUCACACGGGACCUGUGUACAUGGCGGUGCCGGUGGUGGGCUAG